AUGUCCAACAGCAGCUCCAUCAGUGAGUUCCUCCUCCUGGCAUUUGCAGCAACACGAGAGCUGCAGCUCUUGCACUUCUCCUUCUUCCUGGGCAUCUACCUGGCUGCUCUUCUGGGCAACGGCCUCAUCAUCACAGCCAUAAUCUGUGAUCCCCAUCUCCACACCCCCAUGUACUUCUUCCUCCUCAACCUGUCUGUCCUUGACCUCAGCUCCAUCUCCACCACUGUCCCCAAAUCCAUGGCCAAUUCCCUGAAAAACACCAGGGCCAUUUCCUACUCUGCAUGUGCUGCCCAGGUCUUCCUGGUUUUCUUCUUAUUUUCAGCAGAGUAUUCUCUCCUCACUGUCAUGGCCUAUGACCGCUACGUUGCCAUCUGCAGACCCCUGCACUAUGGGAUCCUCGUGGACAGCAGAGCUUGUGUCAGAAUGGCAGCAGCUUCCUGGGCCAGUGGUUUUCUCUAUGCUCUCCUGCACACUGGAAAUACAUUUUCACUACUGCUCUGCCAAGGCAACACAGUGGACCAGUUCUUCUGUGAAAUCCCCCAGAUCCUCAAGCUCUCCUGCUCUGACUCCUAUCUCCAGGAAGCUGGGUUCCUUGAGGUUAGUGCCUGUUUAUUCUUUGGUUGUUUUGUUUUCAUUGUGCUGUCCUACGUGCAGAUCUUCAGGGCUGUGCUGAGGAUCCCCUCCGAGCAGGGCCGACACAAAGCCUUUUCCAUGUGCCUCCCACACCUGGCUGUGGUUUCCCUAUUCAUCAGCACUGGCCUCUUUGCCUAUCUGAAGCCCUCCUCCAUCUCCUCCCCAAAUCUGGAUCUGGUGCUGGCUGUUCUGUACUCCAUGGUCCCUCCAACACUGAACCCUCUCAUCUACAGCAUGAGGAACAAGGAGCUCCAGGCGGCAGUGAGGAAACUAAUGCUUUCAGAGAAUUUCACUCAACAAGGCCUUGUUGCGAUGCCUGAAGUUUCUGUGGGCUAA